GUCAAAGUUAUCCUGUCGUGGAUCCAGUUGUCAAACAGGGAAGAAAAUUUCGAUCAGCUAAAACAUUCUUCCAUCUUCCAUUGCACAAAAUACAGAGAAAAAUUGCAAUUAUUCGUGUUAUUAGUCUUCGAAAAGUGUCAAAAUUAGUGCUUUCAACAAGGAUACCAUGCUCUAUUAGUGAUUUUACAUAGUCCAGUCCAUACUUCCAUCGGAGCCUUCGCAACCAGAUCAGCCAAUCGAACAGCAAUAUUCAAGCGAUAGCUGGAAAAUGUUUUUCCAAAAGCAACUGAUUUAUUAAACUGGGACCAACAUCCAUGGAAAUCCGGCUGGAAAUAUCAUCCCGUGCAUCAUAAAACCACAACAGACAGGAUCUAGAACCGACCGGGGCCUGAACUGCGUUCGGACAUCGAUUUCCUUGCGUAAGGACAAAGAGAACAAAACGGAACGAGUGCAGGGUGCGGGGUGGUGCAUCAUGAAGCGCCAAAACAUUCGAACGCUUUCGCUGGUGGUGUGCACAUUCACCUAUCUGCUGAUAGGGGCGGCCGUGUUUGAUGCGCUCGAGUCGGAAACAGAAGCUCGGCGGUGGGAAUUUUUGAAAAACGUAAAAGCCACCUUCGUGGCCAAGUACAACAUCACCCCGGAAGACUACCACAUGAUCGAGAUCGUCAUCACGGAGAACAAACCGCACAAAGCGGGUCCCCAGUGGAAGUUUGCCGGAGCCUUCUACUUCGCCACUGUAGUCCUAGCCAUGAUCGGUUACGGCCACUCGACACCCGUCACCAUCGGUGGCAAAGCGUUCUGCAUGGCGUACGCCAUGGUUGGGAUCCCGCUGGGUCUGGUCAUGUUCCAGAGCAUCGGCGAACGUUUGAAUAAGUUUGCCUCGGUUGUGAUACGACGGGCGAAGAAGUACCUUCGCUGUCAGCAGACGGAAGCCACCGAGAUGAACCUGAUGUUGGCAACUGGGCUGCUCUCGUCGGUGAUCAUAACGACCGGGGCCGCAGUGUUUUCCAAGUACGAAGGAUGGUCGUACUUCGAUAGUUUCUACUACUGUUUCGUUACAUUAACGACAAUUGGAUUCGGAGACUAUGUGGCGCUGCAGAACGAUCAGGCGCUGAUCAACAAACCGGGUUACGUAGCGUUGAGCUUGGUGUUUAUUUUGUUCGGACUGGCGGUCGUCGCUGCCAGUAUCAAUUUGCUGGUGUUGAGAUUCAUGACCAUGAACGCCGAAGACAUCCGACGGGACGAAGCCGAAAUGCAGUCCUCGGUGGAUGGUUUGAACUACGAGGUCGAAUCAACCGGGAAACUGCUGUCCUGUGGCCAACUGAACAACUACUGUUCGGAAAUCGAAGAGGAAGACACGUCCGUGUGUUCGUGUACCUGCCUUGGGGGGAACAGUUUUACGGCGCAUGAGAAUGAGUUUCUGCUCGAUCAGGGCUACCAUCCGGCGGAUAUCAUAACCAGCACCAUAAGCCUGAAGCGCAUGUCGAUAUAGAGAAGCGGUGAUUGCCAAAUUGCCAAACCGAAUUGCCAAAUUUAAAUCUUAAUAGGUAGAUUGAAGGUUAUUUCUGAUAAACAGGUGAUAAGAGACAGCAUCCAGUAGAGGCGAAUGGAAUACUUUGAAGAACCAAAUAAUGUAAUAAUGAUUUAUUACAGUAGAUAAGAAGAUAGGUUUAGGCAUAAGUUAGAGCAAAAUUCUAAAUUUCUGUAGAUUUUCGUCAAAGGAUUUUUAAUGAUAAGUAAAUUGUAGUGAUUGAAAUAGAUAAA